AGCGGAAGUAAAUAGUCGGCUUGGCACGUUAGCUACCGAGGGGCGUAAAUCAUGUAAUACGUUCCGCGUGCAAAUCACCUGCAUUUUUAACUGUUCCAUUUUAUUCUAAUUAGUGUCGAGUUAGUGGAAACUGUUGACAUUUCGGCGCACUGGAGACGCGGGUCCGUCACAAUCAGUUUACGGGCGUCCGAUAGCACGUUUUGCGGCCUGGCACUUUGGCUGCUAACUCAGUCAGCAUUGUUGCUGCUAAGUUAAGCUAACGGCGCGCUUAGCAUCGUCGCAGAAACUAAAGACUCAAGUGGCAACUUACUUCAGCAAAUGUCCACAAUUACUCGUGGCACAUAAUAUAAUUGGGCAGCUGUGUAAAGAAAGUUCGUGCUGGAUCUAAAAUGAUAAUUGAAAAUCUGGAUGCUUUGAAAACAUGGCUGUCUAACACACUCGAGCCCAUCUGCGAUGCAGACCCAUCAGCACUCGCCAAGUAUGUUGUUGCCUUGGUGAAAAAAGACAAAACGGAAAAAGAACUGAAAGCUUUGUGUAUCGACCAGUUGGACGUGUUUCUUCAGAAAGAAACUCAGCAAUUUGUGGACAAGCUGUUUGAAGCUAUAGACAACAAAAGCUAUCUGCCUCAGACGGAACCACGACCCACUUUGGUCAAGGUUGAGAAAGAUGACCCAAAAAAAGAUGAGGCAAAUCGAGAAGAAGAACGUGACAAAAAGUUUUCUCGACGAGUGAAUAACAGCCCUCCUCCCUCCAGUUCCCGCUACAGUAGAGAUGGCAGGAGAGUAGAUGAUCGUAAAAGAGAUGACCGUUCCAGAAAAAGGGAUUACGAUCGCAACCCGCCCAGAAGGGAUUCUUACCGUGAUCGCUACAAUCGGAGGAGAGGUCGCAGUCGUAGUUACAGUCGCAGCCGCAGCAGGAGUUGGAGCAAGGAUCGUACUCGAGACCGGGAUCGAGACCGGGAUAGGGACAGGGACAGAGAACGAGACAGAGAACGUGACCGGGACAGAGCACGAAGCGGGAGUCCCUCUCACAGCAGAACUCAUUCGAGAAGCAGGAGUAGAGAACGGGAUCCUGGAAAGUUGAAGUACGAUCACGAUCGAGUGGACAGGUUGGAAGGUGCUGAUGGUUACACCACAGCUGUACUGGUUUCCACUGCAACCACUUCCCAUUUCCCCGUGCCAACACUUAGCAGCACCAUCACGGUCAUCGCGCCCACUCAUCAUCACAGCAACAACACAACUGAAAGCUGGUCAGAUUUCCACCCAGAGCUCCCUGUGGAUCGCGUUCCUUUUAGAGGGCCCCCUCCUCAACCAAGGAAACGGUGCCGUGACUAUGAUGAGAAAGGCUUCUGCAUGAGAGGAGACAUGUGCCCUUUCGACCAUGGAAGUGACCCAGUUGUAGUGGAGGAUGUCGGUUUGCCCAAUAUGCUACCCUUCCAGCCUCCACCCAUCCCAGGUGUGGACGGCCCUCCGCCCCCAGGCCUUCCACCUCCACCACUACUGAACCCCCCACCUGUGAAUCUAGGGCCUCCUGUGCCCCCACCAGGCACUCUACCACCAAGCCUUCCGCCAGUUGCAGGACCACCGCCACCUCUUCAUCCACUUCAACCAUCUGGAAUGGAUGCGCCUCCAAAUUCCAUUACGAGUGCUGUUCCCACUAUUGUCACCUCUGGCAUGCGCUCUUCAGUGCCCCAAAUGCCGACACCACUUUUCCCCUCAGAUACCUAUGAGACUGAUGUGUACAACCCUGAGGCUCCCAGUAUCACUAGUAGCUCCAGGCCAGUGUACCGCCACCGGGUCAAUGCCCAGAGGCCCAACCUGAUCGGCCUCACUAUGGGCGAUGUGGACCAGCCACAGAAAGACAAGCUUCCAAACAACAGUAUGAGGAUUGUUAUGGAUUCUGGCCUGAGGAAGAGACCAGCUGGUUCACAUGAUGGAGGCAUUCUCCACAAGAAACCUUGGUUUGACAGACCUAAUUAUAACAAACCCAACCACCUGGGCUAUCUCAGAAGAGGUCCCUUUAACGCUCCUAACUCCAAGCUGCUGGUUCGGCAAAUUCCUUCUGAACUCAACAACAUCAGCAAACUCAAUGAACAUUUUAGCAAGUUUGGAACCAUCGUCAACCUGCAGGUGGCCUACCAGGAUGACCCAGAGGGUGCACUGAUACAGUUUGCAUCCCCAGAUGAGGCCAAGCGGGCCAUACAAAGCACAGAGGCUGUCCUCAACAACCGCUUUAUCCGAGUACAUUGGUUCCGGGAAAACGGAGGUGAUGUACCAGGACAGGGUCUGUCUCACGUACAGCAGUUGCAGUCACAGCCAGCCAUGGAUUUAUUUAAAUCUCUCUCGAACAUUCAGCAGUCCUCAGCGACAUCGCUGAAGCAGUCUGUCAAAGAUCGCCUUGGGCCUCUUCUCACUGCAAACUCUGAGCCUUCACAGGACUCCAACGUAACUUCUCAGAACACUGCAAAAGUGUCAGUGAAGGAGCGUCUGGGUUUCGCUGCCAAACCUGCUCCUGUUGAGAAGGUGUUUUCAACCUCUGCGGGCCUCUCAAAGACUGUAUACAAUCCUGCAGCCUUAAAAGCUGUCCAGAAAACCACAGAUGACUCUCUAAAGAAGAAACAGGAAGCCCUAAGGCUACAACAGGACGUACGGAAGAAGAAGCAGGAAAUACUGGAGAAGCACAUCGAAACACAGAAGCUCCUGAUCUCCAAACUUGAGAAGAACAAAACAAUGAAAGCAGAGGAUAAAGCCAAGAUCAUGGAAACCUUGGGCACUUUAACCAAGAGCAUCACCAAAUUACAAGAUGAGAUAAAAGUCAUCUCAAACAGCAGCAACAAUCUACUGCACACAGUCAAGAGCAAGGCCCAAGCUCAGAGAGAACUUCUUGAUACAGAGCUGGACCUGUACAAGAAGACUCAAGCUGGAGAGGACACUGCUUUGUUGAAGAUUAAAUAUACCCAGCUGCAGAUAGAGGCUGCCAAAAGGGGACUGCUGUCACCAGGCCGAGGUCGCGGGAUCUCAGCUCGAGGGCGUGGCACACCAAGGGCCCGUGGAAGAGGCGCCAGAGGACGGGGAAGAGGUGUUCCACUGCAUGCAGUUGUGGACCAUCGACCUCGCGCCUUGGUGAUUUCUGGUUUCACCGACACAGAGCGGGUAGAGCUGCUACCACAUUUUGCCCAAUUCGGAGAAAUAGAAGAUUGCCAGAUUGAGGAAAACAGUUUUUCUGCAGUCAUCACCUACAGGACAAGAGCAGAGGCAGAGCAGGCAGCCCUCCAUGGCAUCAAGUUGAAUAACCAGAAUUUACACCUGGCCUGGCAUAAGCCUGCCAUGACGCUGAAUGCUGCGGCUGCGAACGAGGCAGAGCCAGAGGAUGAUGAGUUCCCAGAAGAGUCACUGAGCGAUGAUGCCUUGCUGCAGGACGACGAUGAGGAGGAAGAUGACAACGAGCCUCGCUCCUGGCGCAGAUGAAGAUUAUUUCGAUGUUGUUUCGCAGCUGAGUGCAACGAUGACCAGAUGUCUAGCAGUUUAUUUAUUUCAAUGCCAGUUUAUAAAUCUGACUAGGCACCUUGGCUUGACUUCACAAAGAUGUAACUGGUUGAAAAAAAAAAAAACAUGAAUUUUGAUUUUUAUAUGUAUUCCAGAUGCAUUUUUUUUAAAUGCUCUUAAUGUAGAAUUAUGUUAUUCUUUUGUAAUAUGGAUCACGUAACUCUAUAGUUUGUCUGGACAUGUGACAGCUUGCUGAAUUAUCAGUUUGAGAAAACAAAUCCUGUAUUACUAUUUAAUGAAAUGACAGACCAUAAAGCUUUUGCAGAAUAGUAUUACAUCAAUUGGUUAAAAGCUCAUGUAAAUAUUUUAUGUCUGGGUUGAUUCGAUUUGUAUGAAAGCUUAUUUCCUCAGUUAUUUUCUUUAAUUUUGAAUUGUGUAAAAAAACAAAAAUAAAAAAUAAAUUGAAAUG